AUGAAGCAGACGGCGAAUUCGCCUACAACUGCCCAAGUGCAGUCAUUAGUUUUAAUCGGAAGAAUAAGACAAGAUCUCUAUCGGCGUUCAGCUGAAUCUGAUCCAAUUAUUGUCGAGGAUCACAACUCUUGUUCAACUAGGUCAUUAAUAUCAUCAUCGGAGAUUAAGGACCAGCACCAUAACAGUUCACCAAAAAAAGAUGACCACCAGCAGGAUUCAAAAGCUAAAACACCACCGGGAAUGUCGAGAAUUUUAGAGGUUGAUGCCGACAAUUAUAUGCUGCGCAAAGGUUCCUCUUCGUCCAGUGGUACCAGCAACGGUGUCGUUGUCACCUCAACAACCACCAGCGGGCCGAUGUCCUCGGUGGUACCAAAUCUCGUGACAACGAGUCCCACCACCGGUAAUACCAAUAAUACAAGCAGCCCCUCAAGAAUAGUAACACCGGAUUAUAAUAAUUCAAUAUCUUCAUCAACGAGCACGUGCGAAAACUCGGCAUGCGCCUCGUCACCCGGCAACGAGACCGGCCAAUCGUUAACGUCCUUCACCGCACAACACCACCCGGAGCAGCCGCAUGGAAACGGUGACUUGGAGCAACGUUCCUCGAGUAAUAAUAAUAUUAACAAUAAAGCACAAUUGACUGAUAUUCAGUUGAUGAAAUUUAGUGAUAAUAAUUUGCGUAUAAAAUCGUCGGAGUGGACGGUGGAGAACGCCGGUAGUGAGCUAAAUGUUGAUAGUAACAGUAUCCAACUACAGCUUAAACAGCAGCAUGUAUCAUGCGCACGACCUCUUUCUUUUCACCGGCACAUGUGUUGGUGCACUAACGCUAGUAAAGUCGUCCUGGUUCCAACAAAUUCUAGCAAUGAGCAACAAACUAAUGUCGACAAGGUCGAUAGGCUCAUUGAACUCCCCGGUGUUGAUUCUGGUCAGGUUCUCAAAGUCAAAGAGAGUUUUAAUAAUUGUGAUGAACAGCAGUUGUUAACCCGGAGCAAUAAUAUCGUUAAUUACAAAAGUAUUAACGGUAUUAUUUGUAACACAAGAAAUAGUUAUGGGGUUGUUGAUAACAAUAAUGCUAAUAACAAACAGUUUAAAAUAUUAAAUACACAUCAUCGACACAAUAAUGUUAUUGAUAGUAAUAAAUUUUCAAGUCUCUGUUGUUGUAUGUGUGGAUCUAUUUGUCCUACAGAGUGUCACGCCUGUUUCCACAUUGUUUGCAAGGAGUUCAGCGGUCAGCACUUGUGCCAGUGGAUCCCGAAGGGUCAUGCAUUGCCGGGGCAAGUUUACGAUGUAGAAAAGCCCGUCAACGAAUGGACAUCGCUGAAUGUCGUUGAAUGGAUGUCGGCCCUAAAUCUGUACCGCUAUGCAGACGUCUUCAAGUCUAAGGACAUCAAAGGCGCCGAUCUUAUUCAUUUGGAUCGGGAUAAGCUGAUGAAUAUGGGAAUAAAAGAUGAAUUCCAUCAAAAAAAUAUAUUGGUGUGCAUUGAAGAGUUGUGUCGGCCAUCUUCAUUGCCAGCAUUACCAGCAUCCGCAGCCGAUAACAAGAGGUGCGACAAGUGCCACAAAUAUCUUCGGGGUCUUUUGCAUCAAGGAUUCCUCUGUCAAGAUUGUGGUUUGGUCGCCCACAGAACGUGCUCAGCAACGGGUUUGCCCACGGCUUGCAUACCAUCUGACCAAGAGAGUCGUGCUAACCGAUUGGUUUCAGUUUUUGGCCUUGCAUUAUGCUCUCAAUUUGACACGAAGGUACGAUCGGCGCCGAUACUCGUCGAAAGAUGCACUCGAGUUCUUGAAGAAAGGGCUUUCAAUGAUUUAUCAUUAGAUUUAUAUAAAGUUUAUUACAACAGUCCGCCUAAUGAACAAACCUUAGAAUUACGUCAAAAGCUCAAUCAAGAUGUCUGCAAUACUGAUUUGAGUUCCUACAGCCUUCAAUGUAUCGCCAGUGUGUUGAAAAAAUUUUUACGGGAAUUACCCGACCCUGUGAUACCAGUUCAAUGGUACGAUAGAUUUUUAGAAGUCUCAGGUCUGAAAAAUGAUGAACAAUGUGCAGUGAGGCUAAAUCAAUUAGUAACAGAAUUACCGGAGCAUCAUAGAAGUACAUUGUACUAUUUAAUGGCUCAUUUUUGUCGAAUUUGUAAAUUGCAACAUACGCGAGGGUUCACGGAACCGCCGACAAUUCUUGUACAAGUAUUGUGUCAUAUAUUCCUGAGGCCUCCUUGGGAACGCAUUAUACAAGUAGUACAUAAUACUGAGGCACAUAUACGUAUAAUGGAAUUGUUAUUAUUGCACGGUAAUUGGGGUGAGAGGUUACCAGAGUUUGCAAAUCCUCCACGUUUACCACCACGUAAAGUUUCGAGGCCACAGUUUCCAGUACUUGAACAAUUUAAUACUAUGGAUGAUGAUAAUGUUAUAAGUGAUCGUCAAAUUUGUAUUGAUAAUAAAGAACAUCAAACUCACAGGCCACGAACUCUCCAAGAUGCUGAAUGGUAUUGGGGCGACAUAACGAGAGAUGAUGUUAAUGAAAUGAUGAUUGAUGCACCAGAUGGUACAUUUUUAGUACGUAAUGCGUCUUCCAAAGGCGGAGAGUAUACAUUGACAUUACGAAAAGGCAGUACAAACAAAUUGAUUAAAAUUUGUCACCGUAACGGCAAAUAUGGUUUUUCCGAGCCGUACAACUUUCAUUCGGUAAUCGAAUUGGUUGAUUAUUAUCGCAACUGCUCACUUGCACAGUAUAAUUCAACUUUAGAUAUCAAAUUACUCUACCCAGUCUCGAGAUUCCAACAGGACGAUGAAAUAACAAGUACUACUAAAGAUAUGCCAGAUGUUAUUAAAAAGUUAAUUGAUCUGAACAAAAAAGCCGAAGUCCAAACUAAAAAAUAUCAAGAAUACGCAUCCGAGUAUCACAAGACAGCGUAUGAGGUUCAAAUGAAACGUCAGGGACUGGAAGCAUUCUGUGAAGCUAUGAAAUUAUUGGAAGAACAGAGUAAACUUCAAGACAAGUAUCAAGAAGAAGCGCAGCCACACGAGAUAUCUCCAUUGAAUGAUAAUGGUGAAUUACUGAGAAACAGAUUGAAAUCAUUGGAAGAUAGUCGUGACCAGCUUGAAGAGAGUUUAAGAACUCUAGUAACUUACAAUCGUUCUCUUGAGCGUGAAAUGCAUAAACUAAAACCAGAUCUUAUAGAGCUUACAAGAAGUCAAGAUAAAUAUUCUCUGUGGCUGAGGAAUCACGGAAUGAAACAGUCGAGGAUCGAUCAAUUGACAUCAAAUCAUGCGCUAUCAAAUCAAUUUGGUGGAGAUUCGGUGCUAGGUGACUUGCAAGAGGUUGAUUUAGUGCACUAUAAUGAAGCGACGUGGCUUUAUCUUGAAGGUUCAAGAACAGAUGCUGAUAUAUUAUUGUCUGGACGACCUAAUGGAACUUUUCUUGUGCGUAAAUCAAGAACUGGACAGUACGCUCUUUCAAUUAUGUGUAAUGGUACGGUAAAUCAUUGUAUUAUAUAUGCAACAGAAAGAGGGUACGGUUUUGCAGAGCCAUACAAUAUUCACAAUACGCUAAAAGAUUUAGUGCUGCAUUACGCGACAAAUUCUCUUGAAGAGCACAACGAAAGUCUCAACACAACUUUGAUGUACCCAGCAUUAGCGCCUCUGCCGAGUCUAGGUCAUCGGCAAACCCAGCAAAUAAUUUCGCAAAAUCAAAAUCACUUAGAUAUGGUCAACAGUCUGCGUAUGGGCGGUUGA